AUGACGGUCUCCGCCCCCGCCGCUGCGUACCUGCGCUCGCCGUCGGGCCGCCGGCUGCUCGACUCGCAGUGCCAGACGUCGGUGGCGCUGUUCAAGCAGUCCUGGUCCACCUACCACAAGCUCCUGGAGGUCGACUUUCUGGAGCAUCGAGCCCUCUACGCCGCCCUGCGGCAGCUGCUGCUGCGCGAGGCAGCCUCCACCGCCGCCGGCGCCGCCGCCCCGCUGGCCAUGCUCGACCUCGGCUGCGGCGACGCGAUGCAGAUCGCGGGCUGCCUGCGGGAGUGCGGCGCGGGCGUGCCCGGGGGCGCCCUGCCCCUGGGCAGCUACACAGGCGUGGACAUGUCGGCGGCGGCGCUCCAGGCGGCAGCCGCGUACCUGGCGCCCGUCCUCCAACCCCACUGCUCUGUGGAGCUGGUUGAGCAAGACAUGAAGGAGUAUGUGGGGUCCUGCCCCGACCAGCGCUUCCACCUGGCCUUUGCCUCCUUUGCGGUGCACCACCUCAGCCUGGAGGGCAAGGCAGAGUUUGUCGCCCAGCCACAGAUACAGACAUCCUCCUGCUCCUGCCUGCGCUGCUCACCUGCAGGCGGGCUGUUUGUGGUGGUCGACAUCUUCCGGCGGGAGGGGGAGAGCCGGGAGCGGUUCAUGGAGCGGUACCGCGACAACAUCGCAGAGGCGGUGGCCAGGGGCAUCAUCGACGAGGAGGAGGCUGUGCCCAUCGUGGAGCACGUCACCAACCACGACUGGCCUGAGCAGCUGUCAGACUAUCGCGGGCUGGCGGCCGCCGCCGGCUUCGCCGCCGCUGAGUGCCUGGCGACCGACAGCAAGGAGUUUGGGCGGCUGGUGGUGCUGCGCAAGUGA